AGCAAACAUUUUGACGGGUCUGGCUUUCCCCCCACUGGAUUUCUGGAGUCUCUACCCCCCCCCCUCCCUCCCCCCACCACCACCUCCCCUCACCACCAACACCACCCCUCUCUCGGCAGAGCCCAGAGCCUCACCAUCUCCUGCCACGGAUAGGCAGUGGUCACGGAGACACGGAGCUAGACAAGAGGAAACCUACUGAGGAGGGGGAGACGUGCACAGAGCCAUUUUCUUGGAGGAGCCAGUGUGCCGUUGAUGGGAAGAGGAUGCAUUGUGGGCUGCUGGAGGAGCCUGAUAUGGAUUCCACAGAGAGCUGGAUUGAAAGAUGCCUCAACGAGAACGAGAGCAAGCGGUGUUCCAGCCACACGUCCCUGGGGAAUACGUCCAAUGACGAAAAUGAGGAGAAAGAAAACAACAGGGCAUCUAAACCACAUUCAACACCAGCUACCCUACAAUGGCUGGAGGAGAACUAUGAGAUUGCAGAAGGGGUUUGUAUCCCCCGCAGUGCUCUCUACAUGCACUACCUGGACUUCUGUGAGAAGCACGACACACAGCCUGUCAACGCCGCCAGCUUUGGGAAGAUUAUUAGACAACAGUUUCCACAACUAACCACAAGAAGACUGGGGACCAGGGGACAGUCAAAGUACCACUACUAUGGCAUCGCUGUGAAGGAGAGUUCCCAGUACUACGAUGUGAUGUAUUCCAAGAAGGGGGCAGCGUGGGUGAACGAGACUGGCAAGAAGGAGGUCACCAAGCAAACAGUGGCGUAUUCACCACGCUCCAAACUGGGGACGCUCCUGCCAGACUUUCCAAAUGUCAAAGACCUAAAUCUGCCCGCCAGUCUGUCAGAAGAGAAGGUGUCAACGUUCAUCAUGAUGUACAGAACUCACUGCCAGAGGAUACUGGAUACAGUAAUACGUGCAAACUUUGACGAGGUCCAGAGCUUCCUGCUGCACUUUUGGCAGGGCAUGCCCCCACACAUGCUCCCUGUCCUGGGCUCCUCCACUGUGGUCAACAUUGUGGGCGUCUGUGACUCCAUCCUCUAUAAGGCAAUCUCUGGGGUUCUCAUGCCCACAGUUCUUCAAGCACUGCCUGAUAGUUUGACCCAGGUUAUCCGGAAGUUUGCCAAACAGCUGGAUGAGUGGCUUAAAGUAGCACUUCACGACCUGCCUGAAAACCUGAGGAAUAUCAAGUUCGAAUUAUCUAGAAGAUUUUCUCAGGUUCUCAAGCGGCAGACAUCUUUGAACCAUCUAUGUCAGGCGUCGCGGACGGUGAUCCACAGUGCAGACAUCACCUUUCAGAUGAUGGAGGACUGGAGGAACGUGGACCUGAACAGCAUCACCAAGCAGACACUUUACACCAUGGAGGACACACGGGAGGAGCAACGGCGGCUCAUCAUCCACUUGUACCAGGAGUUUGACCGUCUUUUGGAGGAGCAGUCUCCUAUAGAGGGCUACAUAGAGUGGCUGGACUCCAUGGUGGACCGCUGUGUUGUCAAGGUGGCAGGGAAGAGGCCUGGGUGCCUGAAGAAGGUGGCCCAGCAGUUCCUGCUCAUGUGGUCGUGCUUCGGGACACGAGUCAUCCGGGAUAUGACCCUCCACAGUGCGCCUAGCUUUGGCUCGUUCCACCUGAUCCACCUGAUGUUUGAUGACUAUGUGCUGUACCUACUGGAGUCCCUGCACUGCCAGGAGAGGGCUAACGAGCUCAUGAGGUCCAUGAAGGCAGAGGGCAGCACAGCUGAGCAAGAGGAAGAGAUGAUGCUGACGGAGACCACGCCCACAUCCACAUCCCCAGGGCCUUUCUCCCCGGCCAAGUCUGUCACCUCAGUGGGGGUCCCAGCCGCCAGCUCCCCCGCUGCUGCCCAGUCCCCAGAGUACACAGGGGCCACAGCCACCACAGUGACAACGUCAAGCGGCACCCCUUCUGAGGGCGGACAGCAGCAGCCUUGCAUGCGCAGUGGUGCCCCAGUGCCCCCUCCCUCCUCCGCCCAUCGACUGCCAGUCUACGCACACCGGGAUGAGCACGGGUUCACUGGGAGCUAUAACUACGGAAGCUACUCCAACCAGCACCCCCACUCCAUCCAGAGCCAGUACCCCAGUCUGGCCCAUGAACCAGGCAUUCCUGCCCCCCUCCAUUAUCCCGCCUACCACCGCACUUCUGCACAGUACCCACUCAACAGCCAGAUGUCACGGAUGGAGCCCUGCUUGAUGGGAGGUACUCCUCGGCUGCACCCUACGCCUGUGACCCCCCGGUGGGCUGAUGUCUCACCGGCCAACAGCUGUUACACCAGUCCCCCUAUACACUCCUCCCGCUACGCCGCCUCUGGAGACAUGUACUCCCCCCUGGCCCCUCGCAGGAACUCUGAGUAUGAACACUCUCAACACUUUCCCGGUUUCGCCUACAUCAACGGAGAGGCCACUACAGGCUGGGCCAAGUAGGCUUUCAAUUCAGCCCUCAGAGAGAGGAGCUCCCCUGGGCACAGUCAUCCCCAUGCAGCCUGCCUGCCAAGCCUAUGGAUGCAAAUGUCCCACUGCCUUUCCCCAACACGACCCAGAGGCACCUAAUCAGGAGUAUCAGUGUAAUGGUAGGGGAGUGAGGCUGCAGAGUAGCAACACUGGGUUACCUGAGCCACAGGCCACAGCACAGAGAACCAAGCUAAGAUUCAGGACUUCUUCUCACAUUACACAAUCAGAAUAUUGUGGUGUAGGCCUAGUCUGUUCAGGGCAGCAAUCAUCUCAAUGGUGGAGCUGUUUGCAGAAAAUGGCAGUGCAAACGGCGGCAGUCGGAAUAAUCUCACAUAUGGAAGUGUGCAGUGUGGCCUACACAGCUGUGCCUUUGCAAUCGAUGAACACCCAUCCCUGCAGUCGACCAACAGAUGUAGGAUCUUAGUUUUAUCACCUUGUUGUUGCAGGAAAUAUCCUGCACAGUAGUAAAUGCAAAUUUGUAGUGUAUUAAAAGGUUUUAAAAGGCUUCUAGAAUUUGUCAUUUCCACUUCAAAAUGAUUUGCCUUAACAAAAAAAAUUCAAACCCUACAAAAAUGCUGGAGGAUUAUUUUUCUGCAGUGAGAAAUUUAUCAAAUUAAGAUCCUACAUCUGUAGAGUCAAAAAACACUCAUCACCCCUCCCUCCCUGUACUCAGCCACUAAUGUACGCAACCAAUGUAACUCUGUUAACGUUGUCCACUGUGGCUGACGUCAGUAUGGCCUCUUAACGACGUACGCUGUUUUCACUUGGUCAGCACCACCGCAUUGCCUGUGUGGGCUCAGAGCAGGCCUCUCAGAUGCUGUUCAGAAGACAAGCUUCAGCCUGCUGCAGAACCAGGGUCGUAUUCAUUACGGCACAACAGAGCAAUACAUUUUGCAACGGAAAAUUAAUAUAGUAUUUCUUAUUGGGUUCAGGUUAUCAUUCCCUAUUUCAGUCUGUUUUCUUCAGUUUGGUGACUAAUGAAUACAACCCAGGAUGGAUUGCCUUAUUGUUUCACCGCUGGAGUGCUGUGCCUCAGCCAGAUUAUUUGUGUGCUUUGUCACAAGCUCUGUUGCUGUAUUUGUGAGAGGAGGAGGAGAUACUAUAGAUGUAUUUUCUGUAACUUUGUAACAUGGUGUUCUUUUUUUGUUUGGUUUUCUGUGUUACGGUUGGUAUUUUGUUCAUUUUUGUAUGGAUAGUGACGGAAACAUUAACCUAGGUUUGUGUGUUUCAUAAUGCACUCAAAGCUACUGUGGACCUAUUACCCUAUGGGUAGGAAUAAAAAGGAACAAAUAUCAAAGUGUAACAUAUAUGAACUCUAGUCACUUUUUUUCUGUAAAUAAAAGCACUCGACAACUUCUGUGGUGACAACUGUUCCAGUUUAAACUGAUAUGUAUGUGGAAUUAUUUGCUGCCACAUAAAUCAUUUUGAAAACCCCAA